AUGGUGGUCGAGAAGACGAAGAGCAACCCGGAGCCGGAGGAGAUCUCUCUCGACGAGGCGAUAGCCCUGGUCUUGGAGAAGCGCUCCAAGGACGGCCCGGCCGCGGCGAAGGCAAGGGCAAGGGGCAAGACGGUAAGCAAGGGUGGCACCGCUGCCUCCACCGCCUCCGCCAGGGGUACGGGGAAGAGGAAGAAGAAAGGAGGGCGGGUGGUGAAGAACAAGAACUUGGGGGGCGGCGACAAGAGACCCCUGUCGGGAUUCUUCAGGUUCUGCAAGGAAAGCAGGGAGUUGCACACGGCGGCGACGGCGACGGCGGGGGCGGAAGCGGCCGGGGUAAAUCUCAACGCGGAGACCCUCUCGGCGAGGUGGAAGGGGCUGGGUGACGAAGAUCGCGGGAGGUUCAACGCGGCGGCGGCGGCGGCGCUUGAGCAGUGGAAGGCGGACAACGCAAAAGCCGAGAGCGGGAGAAGCAGCGGCAGCAGCAGCGGCGGGCGCAAGGGCAGCGGCAAGAACAGAGUGCCUCAGCCGAAGAACGCGUACAUCCUCUUCUCCUCCGAGCGGAGGCCCGGACUGAAGGAGGAGGUCGGCGGGGAAGGGCUCACGGCGGUGGAGAUGACCAAGAAGCUCGCGCAGGAGUGGCGAGAGCUCGAGGGCAGCAGCGUCCGAGAGGAGUACGCGCGGCGCGCCGCGCUGCUGAGGGAGGCGUGGCUCAAGGAGAAGGAGGAGGCCGCCUCCGCGGAGAGGGUGGCCCCGGCCUGGGUCGGGGGUGGGAUGGGAGGAGGGAAGAAGUUUACAGCAACGAAAUAG